UGAAUACCACAAGUCUCUCUCAGGUCUCAAUUCCAUUUCGCCGAUGGGGAGCGAGGAGGAGAGCGCGGUGAAGGAGCCCUUGGACCUUAUUCGUCUCAGCCUUGAUGAGCGUAUCUAUGUUAAGCUUCGCCAUGACCGCGAGCUUCGGGGCAAGCUCCAUGCUUAUGAUCAGCAUUUGAAUAUGAUUCUGGGUGAUGUUGAAGAGAUUGUUACAACCACAGAUAUUGAUGAUGAAACAUACGAGGAAAUUGUUAGGACCACGAGGCGCACAGUCCCGUUUCUCUUUGUCAGAGGUGAUGGUGUGAUAUUGGUCUCGCCCCCGUUGAGAACAGCUUAGCCCUGCUUCAAAUGAAACUCUUUUAACAUGCACAUGCAAUACAACUCUCUUUACAUAUCUGCCAAAAUUUAGUUGAACUUCAAAGUUUGGUACGUUUUCCGUAGACAAUUGAUGCUUAUGUUAUUAUUAUAUUAGCAAGCUGGAAUUAUGCACAAACCCUCAAAUUGUGUAGAGGGUUGGUUCUCACCAUAGAUGCUAAAUACUACUUGGGCGUGCUUACGGUGUUUGAUUACAUUA